ACGGUAAGCUUCAUGCUAAUGUUUGCUUUAGCUAGCCCUGUGUGUAUUACAUACCGUGUUUCCUCUCCACUACAGUCAUGAUCAGUCUGACACCAGAAAAGCACAUUUCGUGAUUAAUGAAUAUGAACCAAAAUAAAAGUGCAGUGUCCAGAAGCUUGUCAUAUUUAUCUAGUUAGCGCCUAGAUAUAUUUAGCUAGAUAGCGCCCUGGCUAUAGUCUUUGGAUCACUGGUGAUAAUCAAGCGACGUUCUCAACAGUGUGCGUCUGUGUUUGAUUUGGAGUUUGAUUUGAAGUGGAUGGAAAUUUACAAUUACGAUUUUCUUUCAUAUGUAUUUAACCGUGAUCGUGUUGCUGACCAUUUUGGAUUUCUUUGCGCAAGAUGUUGACAGAUGGCUCGACGCAGGAGACCGCGGACAGUGUCAGUGGUGCGAUAGACGACCCCUUGCCCACCUCCUCCACUUGUGCCACAGGAACACAAUGCAAUUUGAAGCCCUCUGGAAUGUCUCACGCUGUGCAUGUGAACCUAAAGCCCAAGAUGGUCAGUGUGGGGACUCAAACGGCCUUCAGGAUGCAGACCUCCACACCCCUCACUAGUCCUGAACAAAGUGAUGAAGAAGAGGAUCCCUCUGUCAUCAUCAGUGAUGCAUCAUGGGUGCCAGAAGACCAGAUGUCUGACGAGGAUGAGGAGGAAUUGUGUGAGGAGGAGCCAUCUGAAACUUGUCACCCCCACCAAAAGUUAAAUAAUUUAAAACCAACAUACACCAACUUUGAAUUUUCAUUUUUGAGUAUCUGGUAGUUUAAAUGACAGCCCCUCCUCCUCCUUUUUUCGUUUAGUGGCAUUGAUAAAUUCAUUGUUUGUAAAGCGGAACUCAUGGCCCUGUUUGCCAUCUGCCCGGCCUGUUGUGAGAAGUGUGACAGUGCAAUCAUGCAGCAGGGAGGAACAUUCAUCAAAAUAGAGCAGGUCUGUGCAUCAUGUGGUUACCAGCGUUUCUGGCAAAACCAGCCGAUCCUACACAGGAAUAUGCCAGCAUGCAACCUCCUUUUAAGUGGGGCCAUUCAUUUUAGUGGAUGUUUGGCCUCCCAGACAUUACGAAUGAUGACCCUGUUUGGCCUUCAGUGCAUCAGCGUGAGCACCUACUUUCGACAUCAGCGCCAUUACACGAUCCCUGUCAUCAUUCAGGCCUGGUAGAACGAUCAGGCCAAGACUCUGAGCGACCUCAGGGCAAUGGAUGGAGGCCUAGUUUUUGCUGGUGACUGCAGGUCAGAUUCACCAGGGCACUCUGCAAAGUAUGGCUCAUACUCACUAAUAGAGGAGAGAGUGAACAAGGUGGUGGAUGUCCAACUUGUUCAGAGCUCCGAGGUCCCCAACAGCUCUUGGUGUGAGCUGGAGGGGCUCAAGCGCAGCAUCAACUUGCUGAGGAGGCAGGACCUGCAUGUGUCAACCCUUGUCACAGACCGACAUCGCCAGGUUGCCAAAUGGGUGAGAGAAGAGCUGUGCCCUGAGGGAACACGGCAUUAUUUUGAUGUGUGGCAUGUUGGGAAAAGUCUGGGGAAGGCCUUGGAUACAGCCUCAAAAGACAAACAUUGUGACCAGCUACAGUUGUGGAGGCCAGCUAUAGUAAACCACCUUUACUGGACUGCAGCCUCAACCCCAGAUGGCAACCCAGCUGUGAUGGAGGCCAAAUGGAGAAGCUUGGUCAAUCAUAUCCAGGACAUCCACAACCAUGAUACCCCUGCCUUUUCCAGUUGCGCUCAUCCCCCUCUAGAGGGGGAACAACGUGAUAAAGAGUGGCUGGAACCAGGCUCAAUGGGAGCAAUAAAACUGGAAAGCAUUGUCACAAAGACUUCCUUACUGAAGGAUGUGAAACAGCUGUCUCCACAGCACCAGACUUUCUCCCUUGAAGCCUUCCACUCCCUCAUCCUACACUUCGCACCCAAGCACACUGGAUUUUCAUACCUGGGCAUGUAUAGCAGGUUAUGCAAGAUCAUUAAUCGAGGCCCUUCGGGAGAGCUACAUACAAUCACCAAAGGCUCUUCAAGAGACAGGUCCAAUCACUUACUUGUAAGUAUUUAUUAUACAUGUAUUUGUGUGUGUGAGAGAGAGCAAACCAUCAGCUGACCCGCAGGUAAGACCACACUCUUGCAAGGUAAUUUUAUGUAGAUUUUUAAUGCCUUACUCUUGACUCUUUUCAGAAGUGUUUAUUUUAUCAGGACCUGCAACUGGUCUCUCUCUUUUGUAAUGUACUGUUAUUACUAAUAAACUAAUAAACUGGUUUUAU